AUGACGUACGAAAGCUUGGCACCCUUUCACCGAAAUCGAAGGAGAUUACCUCGGAAACAGCGUCAGCAUGAAUCUUCCAGUAAAGCCAAUCGACAGCUGGUCAAGCGGAAUCCGUCACUGGUCGUCUUCUGGUGGAACCGACAUUCGAAUCUCUUCACGCAACACUUUCACUCGAACUCCGUCGCUGGUCGUCUUCUGGUGGAACCGACCUUCGAAUCUCUUCACCCAACACUUCCACUCGAAAUGGAACGCCGUGUCUUCUGA